AUGAGUGCCUCUUUAACCGAAAACACCGCUAUACUAUCAAAAUAUCUCGAUUUGCCCCAAAAUGGUAAAGUUCUUGCUGAAUAUGUUUGGAUUGAUGCCGAAGGUAGAACUAGAUCCAAAUGUAAAACUUUAAACAAGAAACCAUCUAGUGUUGAUGAUUUACCAGAAUGGAACUAUGAUGGUUCAUCAACUGGUCAAGCUCCAGGUCAUGAUUCGGAUAUUUACUUGCGUCCAGUUGCUUACUAUCCAGAUCCAUUUAGAAAAGGUGACAAUAUUAUUGUUUUGAAUGAAUGUUAUAACAAUGAUGGUACUCCAAACAAGUUUAACCACAGACAUGAAUGUGCUAAAUUAAUGAAGGCUCAUGCCGAUGAAGAAGUUUGGUUUGGUUUGGAACAAGAAUAUACUUUAUUUGAUCAAUUUGAUUACCCAUAUGGAUGGCCAAAAGGUGGAUUUCCAGCUCCUCAAGGUCCUUACUAUUGUGGUGUCGGUACUGGUAAAGUUGUUGCUAGAGAUGUUAUUGAAGCUCAUUACAGAGCUUGUUUAUACGCUGGUAUCAAUAUUUCUGGUAUCAAUGCCGAAGUUAUGCCAUCACAAUGGGAAUUCCAAGUUGGUCCAUGUGAAGGUAUUGAAAUGGGUGAUCAAUUGUGGAUUGCCAGGUAUUUAUUGGAAAGAACUGCUGAAGAAUUUGCUGUUAAAGUUUCAUUCCAUCCAAAACCAUUGAAGGGUGAUUGGAAUGGUGCUGGUUGUCACACCAAUGUUUCCACCAAGGAUAUGAGAAAAGCUGGUGGAAUGAAGGUUAUUGAAGUUGCUUUAAGCAAAUUGGCCAAGAGACACAAGGAACAUAUGUUGUUGUAUGGUGCUGAUAAUGAACAAAGAUUAACUGGUCGUCAUGAAACUGCUUCUAGUGAUUCAUUUUCAUCUGGUGUUGCCAAUAGAGGUGCUUCAGUUAGAAUCCCAAGAUCAGUUGCCAAGGAAGGUUUUGGUUAUUUCGAAGACAGAAGACCAGCUUCCAACAUUGACCCAUACUUGGUUACUGGUAUCAUGGUUGAAACCAUUUGUGGUUCAAUUCCAGAUGCUGAUAUGGCUAAAGAGUUUCUCAGAGAAGUUGAAUAA